AUGAAUUCGAAAAAUCGGAAAACUUCGACGAUUGUUCAAAAUCUAUUGAGUCCUGGCAAUAUUUCAACAACAAGUGCUUCUGGAGAUCAACCAAUUCCAACUGUACAACGAGGAUCGUUAUCUUUAAAUGUUGGAUCAUUGACGAGAUCAUUUUCGAGAUCAAGUUUUAUGAUUCGACAAAAACUUUCGAAUGCAUCUUCUGGAAAUGGAAAAGAUAGUGGUGGAGGCGGUGUGAUUGGAGCAAUUAAGGUUGGUGAAAAUGGUUGAACUUGGGAAAAAAGUCUCGUGGGGUCCUUCUGCGGUUUCAAGUAUAUUAGUUUUGAGCUCCGAGAGAACUCAGAUUUUGAAAAAUCUACUUUUUUUUGUUUUUUUGAAAAGCCCUAGAUGCAAGCUUCACAAAAACAAUUGUGUAUAAAAUUCCAAGAAACUGAAAUAUGUUUUUCUAAUAUAUGUGGAAAAUUACUGUUUUUUUCCAAAAAUUUUGUAUAAAUCUGUCAGAAACCUUCUCCAUCACAAAAUCAAAGAUUCAAAAAAAUUCCCACCAUUUUUUAAUUCGUCAUUCAUUGAACAUUUGAUCUUUUCAAAACCCAACCAAUUUUUUAUGGAUGUCAUUCGUUCAUUUUGUUCAUUCAAUUAACACAUCUGCUCGUUUUUUUUCACAUUUCAAUAUCACUUUUUGCUCCCAUUUUUCUCAACCUAUUUCAUUUCUUUCUUCUUCCUGAUUCUCUUCAUUUUUCACACUUUUUUGUCGUUUACGCGUAGAGUAAGUAUCGGUUUUCGGCGACAUAAAAACCUUUCAUUUUUUCACUCUUUUAUUCCUCUUCUACUUUUUCUUCAAGACUAUAUUCGAAAGAAGAAAAAUUUGCAAUGCCGAAAGUGAGUUUGAAAAAUUAAUUCGGUUUGAAUUUUGAUUCUUGAAAUCGUAAAUGUUUGCCAUAAGAAACAUCAAAUAAAUUGAGGUAAAUGAAGAUAUUUGGUAUCCAAGAUUCAAGAUUUUCUGAGUCCAAUUCAAAAUCUGUCAAAAAAUUGGACCUAACCAGAUUCCUGAUUGAUGACCCAGUUCACAAUGAAAAAUGCGGUCAUUCUGGUCCUACUCAACUCAGAGAAAAAUUCUAAAAUAUCCCUUGUUCGAAAUUUCCAGGCAAUCAGAAAUUUUGGAUUCAAGUACUUUUUCAGACACCCCUCUCUCUCUCCGAAAUAUUUUCUGAAAGUGAAAUCGUUCUUCAUCAUUUUUUUUCCAAAAAUAGUCUCAUAUUCGGCUCAUCAACAAAUCCAUACAUAAUCAUCUUUUGUUGUUUUUUGUUCUCGUCGUUGUUUCCACGAGAAAAAAAACAUAUUUUAUUUCAAAAUUAUAAAUUCAUGAAGAGCUCUGUUGUGUUUUCCAGAGUACUCUGUCAUUCAUUUCCAUCCAUUUUUUCUGGUCGAGACGACAGAAAAAUAAUUGAAUUACUACUUUUUGUUUUUUUUCGCUGUGUUUUUUUUUGUCGCGGGCUCGAACAACUUUUUGGCGGAGACACAACUAAUCCAUGACUACAUACAUUUCUCUUUUCUCUUCUCCUUCAUUUUUUUCGUUUUUGAAAUGCUCUCAAAUUACGAAUUUUAGAAGUUUUCUCCAGAAAUGCCUUUGGAAUAUCCAGGUAGAUUGAAUAUUCGAAUUCCGAAUGUUCGUAGAAGAUUAUCACAUUUUAUGAUUGAAGAGGUUAGUUUUACCGUAGUUGUUUGUGGUAUUGAAAAUUGUGGUUUGGAUAGAAUGAGCAAAUAAGUAAUGCAUUUUGAAUUGGUUCAAGUUUUGCAGAAUUCUCUAGUUAUUAGUUCUUUUAAGCAUCUGACUUGACUUUUUGGGAAAUGACUCUCAAUGUUGAUUAUGUGAGUUUUGAGGUUUAAUUUUUCUCUUUUUAUUUUGAACUUGCUGUAAAAUAAAUUUUCAGCUGUCAAAGAAAUAUUUACUGAUCAAAAAUCAGAAUUUUGCACUUCGAUCUGAAGUUAUAAAAAUUUCUAGGUUUUCAGGAGGAAUAAUUUUUGAAGUCUCCUUUUUGAACAUUUCUAUUCUUUUCGCUUUUUUUCUGAAAAGCGUGGGAUUUCAUAAUAUUUUUUUUCAUAUUCAGCUCUCGUCCAAAAAAGCCGAAGUAUCCCCUAAAUCCUUAAAUCCUCUCUACCGUACUUAAGCAGCUUUUCCCCCGAUUUUCAUCAAAACAAAUUUUCAUAAAUAAUUUCGCACUUUAUUCUGAGUCUAACAUAUAAUUCUUUGUUAGCGGUGUCCGGCUAAAACUAAUAAUAAUAAUAAUGUACAAGUGGUAACCAUGGACACACACAUAUAAAUACAUUACAAAGCGGAAUUUCAUAAUACUCACUUUUCUAUUAUUAUUAUUUUUCAUUUCGAUAAACUCGAAAGUUUCGAGUAGAAACGCUCGUAAAAAUUCCGUUUUCACCGCGAGAUUUUUUCGCGUCACGCGCGGUAGGCUUAGCAAUUCGAAAAUAUCAUCUGAUUAAUUUUUUGUAGCUCAAACUCCAUUCGGAUCGUGGCGGAGAUGGAAAUUCGCCGGGAGUUGCUGAUCCAUUGAUCUCACAACAUUUAUUGGAAGGAUAUUCAGACGAGGAAUUGAGUGAAUAUCGACAAGUUUUCAAUAUUUUCGAUUCAGGUAAUUUUUUGAAAGAAUACAUAGUUCUGCUUAAUUCAUUUUUCUUCAUCUUCAGAUCGAAGUGGAGCAAUUGCGAUUGACGAACUGGAAACAGCUAUCAAAAACCUCGGACUUGAACAAACUCGAGAUGAACUUUAUAAAAUAAUCGACGAAGUUGAUCAAAGAGGAAAUCAUCAAAUUGAUUUUGAUGAGUUCUGUGUUGUAAUGAGAAGAUUGACAAUGAAGAAAAGUUCAUGGAACGAAGUUGUUAAGGAGUGUUUCACAGUUUUUGAUCGUUCCGAAAAUGGUGGAAUUUCGAAACGCGACUUCAGAUACAUUUUGAGAGAGUUUGGAGACAUUACUGAUAAUCAAAUAAUUGAUGAGAUUUUUAACGAGGCUGAUGUUGAUGGAAAUGGUGUGAUCGAUUAUGACGAGUUCACAUAUAUGGUCAAGAAUUAUAUGACCGAUGAUGAUAUUUAA